AUGGAAGACAACAACCGAAUCAUUUCUAGAUUGUGGAGAUCAUUUCGUACAGUCAAGGAAAUGGCCGCUGACAGAGGCUAUUUUAUUUCACAAGAAGAAAUGGAUCAAAGCUUGGAGGAAUUUCGAUCAAAGAUUUGUGACUCCAUGGGAAAUCCUCAAAGAAAACUAAUGUCGUUCUUGGCUAACCCAACACCAGAAGCUUUAGAGAAGUACUCUGAUCUUGGAACAUUGUGGGUGGAGUUUUGCGACGAACCUAGUGUGGGAAUCAAGACCAUGAGAAACUUUUGCCUCAGAAUACAGGAGAAAAACUUUAGCACUGGAAUUUUCAUUUACCAGAACAAUAUUACACCUAGCGCCAACAAAAUGAUCCCUACCGUUUCACCUGCCAUCAUUGAAACAUUUCAAGAAAGUGAUCUUGUUGUUAACAUUACACACCAUGAAUUGGUGCCCAAACACAUUCGAUUAAGCGAUGGUGAAAAAUCACAGCUACUGCAGAGAUACAAGUUGAAAGAGAGCCAGUUGCCGCGUAUCCAAAGAGAGGACCCGGUAGCACGAUAUCUCGGUUUGAAGAGGGGACAAGUGGUGAAGAUCAUUAGAAGGUCUGAGACCAGUGGUCGGUAUGCCAGUUAUAGAAUCUGUUUGUAG